AUGAACGCCGGCAUACGUGAGAGGCUUCUCGUCUACUUCAGACGAAUGUAUUACCUGGGUGAGCACAUUCAUGCUUGCAUAGAAAUGAAGUGUGUGUGCAGAGCGUCAAAACUCAUUAGCUGAGUCCACCCAGGAGCCUUAUGGCGCAACAGUUUAGUAUAUUCAAGGCAAGUUUAUCUGAAUUCCCUCAACUUGCUACAUGGCAUAAUUUUUUAAUCUCACCAUUCAAUCGGUUCAGCGGCUCCGGUUGAUUCCCCGCUGAUGCUCAGUGAUGGUGGUCUUGAAUAAUUAAACAAUUCUGACAGCCUUGUGGGGGUCUGUUUCCAUGACAACCCCUUUCCUGGUGUCCCUUGAGUAAUGUAAAUCUCCUGUCUGCUUAAUGUCACAGUAGCGACAGAAAAGUGACACAUAGAGAGACACACGGGUUAGGGUCAGGUGGACAUUUUUGAAGACAAUUUCUUCUAUGCUCAGUCAACUUAAUACCAUUGAAUGAGGCUAUAUAUACUUUUAGUUUGUUCUGCAUCAUGACUUUUAUAGCAACGCCAGCUGUAUAAAGUUACAACAAUCCUUUCCACUCGUACUGAUGAGUCACAGCAGAGCUCAGAGGGAUCACAGAGGAAAUAUUUGAAUGGUUUUGGUAAUCUUUUCAGACUGUUUGUUGUCACAUCUUUUGCUCCUGAGUGAUACUCCAACCACAGCGGCACACAUACACACUGUCUCCUCACGCACAACAUCACAGAGACAGGUUACAGUCCAUUACCCUUCAUCAUCAAAUGCUUCAUCAGUCCCCCAACCCAUCAGACAGUGAAUUAACCUUAUCCACCAACAGAUAAAGAAGUAUGUGUACGGCGUUUACCGCCUGGUCCCAGUCAGAGCUUUUACAAGAAAAUAUGUCCUGACUUUGCACACAGCAUGAUACCGGCUAAUCAUGUCCCCAGAAAUGCAAUAAAGAAAGGAUUAUGAUGCAGUUUUUUAUUGUCAAAAGUGCUUAUUCUGUGUUUUAAUCAUUCACUCUAUUAACAUGUGGCUGCGUGUUGUGUUUGGGGACUUGAAGGGGCUGUGAGAUGUUGAAAUGCUUAAACCCAGCAUGGGAUUUUUGAAGGCAAACUUCCAGGUCUCAACUGAUUUUCGUGGUAUAUUUCAUGAGUCAGUGGAUUCGGAGAAAAUUAAAUUCCCCCCUUGUGUGUAACAUUAACAGAUGCUUUAAUUUGGUUGUAAUGUAAUGUUUAUUUUGUCGAGUUGUAAAGAGAGCCUGUUGGAAGAAAGCUGUUAGGAAUCGAACGUGAUACUUCAAACAGAAUGAGUUUCGUGUAAGAGAUAAGGAAGCGCUGAAGUUUUUUUGUGGCUUGUGUUUAUGAGUUUGAAUAAAAUCUUUACUUAUGAGGCGACCAAAUGUUCAUGGCAAUCUGAGGACAUUAGUGUUUGGCAAUCACGAUGAUGAUUACCGCCGUGAAAACGAGGACAAUGAUGGCAGCAAAUGCGCCUGAUGCUGCCAACCGCAAUCUCUAAACUAAACUAAUUCUAGCUGUGAAACCAAUUGCCUGUUGAGACAAAUCAAGUUGAGACAUGUAGUGUGCUCAGUAAACCGAGAUAAUCAUUAUUCCCUGGAGGGAACAGCGGAGGGUUUGUGUGUGCUGUGACUGACCAAACACAAAUGCUUACUGCUCUCAGCUGUCACCGAUGCAUUUGAUGCUGCAACUGAGCUAAAGCCAACUUUUGUCACCGCCAAGGGGCCUGCGCUCAAUCGUAGACAAAUCACAGGCUAAAGACUGGGAGAGCGUCUCAGAGGAUUCACCCUGUUGGCCUGAAGACAGUGAAAAGACAUACAGUUAGCAACCAGAAACCUACUCACACUGAGGACCUUUUGAACCGACUGGCUCAAUAUGUAUGUGUCCAUUAAUGACGUGACUGCCUGGUCUUUGAAUUUCAGACAGAGAGAGAGCGAGAGAGCUGUUCCAGCGGCCACCCCAACAAACAUCACUACACUGUAUGAUUGAAUAUGGAUUUUCUGUCUCUGAUAAGCAAAAGUCCUUUUAUAUUUUCUGCUUUUUAGUUUUGAUUGAGAGUCUUUACCGUCCCUGCCCUGCAAUCAUAUACAGUAGGCAACCCUGAACAAUAAAAACAUCUUUCAAAACUAUAUUGCUACAAAAUCAGUCAGUGGCUGAAUGUUACAUCAACCAACUCGCAAGACAGAAUACAGAAUGAUACAUGAUAAAUAUGGUGCAAUACAACAGGAUACAACAUGAUAUGGUAAAAUAUAACAUGAUACAAGAUCAUAAAAUACAAUAUUUUAUGGUACAAUGUUCAAUAUGAUACAGUAAGACAUAAUACAACACGACCAUAGACUGUAUCCAGAAUAGACAGCAUCUGCCUCCCCGAGAAGAGCACCCUCUGGUGACGGGCUGCAGUAUAGGUCAUAAAUCCUGCCUCCUCCAGCAAUCCCUAUGGAGUUGUGGACAAACUUAAGAAAUUUAUUAUACAGAACAUAAUUUUUUCUCCCCCCUGCUUGCGAUGUUGACAUGUAGUUACUGUAAGACUGGUUUGUGCUCAAGUCCUCUUUUUUCUGUACAGCUCUGUUUUUGAAAGUUAUUAGGGGGUUCAUGUUUUCUGUGAUUGACACUUGAUACAGCCUAUUGGCGUACGAAGAUUGCGUAGCUCACCUGGGGGAUACGCUGUAUGAGCCGAGAGUCAUCACAGCGAUUCUCUGUGACUCUCCUGUCGAAUGCGCACAAUGCUACUGCGCAAUGUUUGUUUCAGUAAGUGGGGAAAAAAUGCAGAAUUACAGAAAGCUUUUUGGUUCAAAUCCGUAUACUGGCGGAAGGCGGAGCUAAGUUGUCCGUAGUAUGUACAGUAUAUGAACAUGAUACCAUGUGUUACAAUACAGUUGAUAUGGUAUGAUACAAUAUGAUACGGUACAAUAUGAUACAAUAUCAUCACAUCUGCUGUUUACCUACAAGUUCCCUUUUGUUACCUGCCUCAUGUUUUAUGUCUUGUGCUUCCUGUUUAUUGUGGAAUUCGCCCUUGUCUCUUGUUUCCGGUCUCUUUACAUCUUGCCCUCGUGUUUCUCCUCUUACUUGAUUUCCCUACUUGCUCCAUCUAUGUCCCAUACACCCCCACCCCUCAUAUAUAUUUAAACUUUGUUUUCCAUCUCUGUGUCAAUGUUUCAGCUAACCCCUGUGUUUUUAGUAAGUAUUUUGACAAGUUUUUGGUAGUUAGACUGCCUUCUGCAUGCCGUUUAGGAAACCUCUGCCUGCUUUGGCUGCUCUACUGCAUACCGGAUAAGUGCGUUUUUGGAACUUUGAUUCUGCCUGUCAAGCAGUAGCUCAGGAGAUAGAGCGGGCAUCCAAUAACUGGAAGGUUGGUGGUUCGAUUUCCCCCUAUCCUGAGUCAGUCCCUUGUGUCCUCGGUGUAUGAUUGUGAGUGUUGUGUGGUCGGAGAGGCUGUAGGCAUGAACUGGCAGCCACAUUUCCGUCAGUUUGCCCCAGGCUAGCUGUGACUGCUAAGGUAGAUUACCACCACCAGGUUGUGACUGUGUGAGCGAAUGAAUUAUGUAUCCAAUGUAAAGCACUUUGAGGAUCUCUGAUAAAGCACUAUAUGAAAUCUGAUGCAUUAUUAUUAUUAUUAUUGAAUCCUACAUUCGAGUCCUUUACUGAUUCAGUCUGACAGAUAUGAUUCCAAAUGUCACAACACAAUACAACACGAUUUUAUUCCUGGUGUUAGUUACACCUCUGUAUGACCCAGGACUUGUUUCUGUAAAACAAACACAGAUCAUGUGUACACAUCAUGUUUCCGAUCCUGCUCGGAUUCUUCCCUUUUCUCUGUUGCAGUUCCUGUCUCUUAGCAGUGUAAGUAGGUGGCCAUUAUCUGCACACCUAACAAUUACAAGAAGAUGAAAGUGGCUUUUGUCCCUGCUGGCAGUUUAGUGACAUUGUUUUUAAUUGGAGUAAAAAGCCCGCUGUAGCUGUCACCUCAUGUGGAACGGUCAGUGCUCAGUUUUAAAAGUUAAGGUCAAAAAAAUGUUAAAGAGUCAUUUUAUGGUUUUUCACUUUGCUCUCCACAUCAAUCUUCAUCCUCCUCCUCAACCUCCUCCUCUUCCCGCAGCUCCUUUUUACACAAUUAUUCUCUCUUUUUAUUUGUGCUUUACCUCGGGCAUGUGUAAUGAUGAGUUUGUUGAAGUAAACGCCCACUCACAGUUACUCACAGUCAAGUAAUUGAUUACUAAUUGCUAAGCUGUUGUGUGGACCUAUUGUGUAAGGUGCUGCGCCUCUCCAAAUUACUUAUCUGGUUUUCUUCGCUCUUUUCUUGGACCUGUCUCUCCUCACUAAUUUCAAGCUUGAUUAUUAUUAAGAAUUUAAAGCUUAAGGGGGGAUUUUAUAUGUUUUUGGUGUGUGUGUGUUUGUGCAGCAGGUGGGCGCAGUCGCAUGAUGGAGUGGUGUGGAAAUGAACGAGGCCCUGAUCAGCACCGGUUUGUACCUGAUGUGACAGACCACAAACAGAUGAGCCGUUUUACGAUCUUACUGCUGCAUAAGAACCGACAGGCCAUGACGGGUAAAAGGAAAGAAUGAGGAGAAAGAUGGAUGGAUGACAAACCGAUGCAUGAAGAAAAGAAGAAAAAGGUGGGGGAAAUGAGAGAAAUAGAUUUUUUUUUUUUAAGUGAAAGCAGGAAGAAAAUUGAUCUGCAUUACAUCAUGCUCAUGUUUCCAGACAACAGAGAGGCAUCUAAGGGCCCUAAAACAAACAGCUGCUUUACAGGGGCCCCUCACGAGGUGACUCCUCCUCUCUGUUGCUGUGGCAUCCGAGCGAUCUGUUCAUUUAUUCAUAGCAGAGCGCUGAUCUAAAUUAGCACUCGUUAGCCUCCCACUGUUUACUUUUCUGUAUUUGCUGUCAUUAACCCUCCUCCCUCCAAACUCUGCGGCCCCAGUGUGCGUGUGUGUGUGGUCAAAUAUGAGUAUAUGAUGGGGUGGGGGAGGUUGAGGGAUUUGGGGUGGGCAUCAUUACAGCCUCACCUAGCAACCUGCCCCCAGUGAGAUGCUCAAAGGGUCCGGAUCACGAAGGGGGGGCACGCACACUGAGCCUCCCGCCCUGCAGCCCCUCUGAGAAACUGUGACUCAGGUGCUUUUGUUGAUGACGUUUCAGCUGCCAGAUGCUCAUCAGGGCCCCGGCAGCAGACGGAUCUGCAGGAACAAGUCCUCCUCAACACCCUGGUUGUCACUCAGCUUUGGACAGCAGCUGAAACACAAGGCCUCAUGA